AUGAAUUCCAUUGUUCUGCUUUUUGUGCUUUUGAAAAGCCUCAUCCACUACCCACAGCUCGUGGGUGACGCUUGGGAUGAGGAAACACGUUUCCGCAUGGAAGUGCGUGCAAAAGAGCUGGAAUGGGAGAGGAUUCGGCUGGAGCAGGAGAUGGAGCAGCUCACCCUAAUGCAGAGUGGAAGUGCCUGGGGACACUUGCUGUUUUUCUUGCAUCCCUGGCUCCUGGUCCUUCUCUUGGGACUGUAUUUUUUCUGGAUGAAAACAAGAGAUGAGGCAGAGAGCAGUGAUGAGGAAGAUGAAGAAGAUCCUGUUCUUGACAAUGAUCUGAGAUGGUUUCUAGAGGAGCACAUACAGUGGCCGGCACUUGACCUAAAGAAAGGCUGUGAGUGGACAACUGACCUAAUGGACAAUUAUACAAUUUUCUUUGGACACGUCUUAUCAAACAGCUUCUACCCAGGCCUGCAACGAGCCAUUGGGGUGGGCAGUGCCUUCGAAGGUUGGAGUCCACGUGAGCAGGAUGUUGUCUACCAGGUGCUCAUUCCCAUGACUCCUCCCCAAGGCCACAGCUUCCACCUGGAGCUGGACUCUGCAGAGCAGAGGCACGUGAGGAAUUUCCGUGUCCGCGUGCAGCUGGAGUGCACCUGCACCAAGGAGCAGCAGGCUGAGGGCAUGCUGUGCUUCCUGCACCACCCCGAGGAGGAGCUGAGGAGCAAUCAGGAUCCCAGCCUCCUCGACACCCUGUGCACCGACUCCUACCUGGAUGUGCAGAAAACUGCCCGCUGGUUCUACCAGCUGGUGAGAGCCAUCUGGCCAGCAUUGCCUCAGUCACACAACUGGCAUUUAAAGCUGCUGCCCUCCAGACGCUCCUGCCAAUUCCAGGUGACCAAUGGCAGAGAAAGAUUCAGGAUUGAGAUUCUGUUUGGGGUGCGGAGAGGAGGCUCAGACAUCUUUGUGAGCAGCCAGCCUCAAUAUGCCGGAACCCCAAAUACUCUGUGGCCUGAAACUUAUGCUGUGGCAGAGGCUAAGUUCUUCCAGUACAUUUCUAGGACGGCUCCCCCUGACAGUUUACAUCUAAGGUGCCUGCAGCUCUUCACCCGUGCUCUUCUGGGCAUAGGCUUUUCCACCUACACAAUGAAGACCAUAGUCAUGCACCUCCUGAACACUGUCCCCAUGUCACAGUGGAGCAGAAGGCAUUUUUUGCGGCGUCUGGGGGAUAUCAAUGUGAGCCUGCGAAGCUGCCUGGAGGAGAAACACCUUAACCACUUUGUCAUAGGCAACAAGAGAUUUCCUCUGCAUAUCAGAUUGCCCCGGGACAUUGCUUCAGCCGAGCCACCCAAUCUCUUCCAUCACCUGUCACAGUAUCUGGCUGCCCACUCCCAGGCGAUGAAUGAGUACCAGGAUCUUCAGCAUCGGCUCGCAAGUAUGCUGCUCAGUGGCCACUGA